CGCAGCAGCGGCUCACUGAAGUGCGACUGUAAACAGGAAGAGCUGAUGAGUAAAUGUGAUGCAAGUUUAACAAGUGAUCAUGGGGAAAAGCUGUAAGGUGGUUGUGUGUGGCCAGGCAUCGGUGGGAAAGACUGCGAUCCUUGAACAGCUGCUUUAUGGAAAUCAUGUUGCUGGUUCAGAGCCCAUAGAGACACUGGAGGAUAUUUACAUCGGCUCGGUGGAGACGGACCGUGGCACCCGUGAGCAGGUGCGCUUCUAUGACACACGGGGGCUCCGGGAAGGUGGCGAGUUCCCACGCCACUACUUCAGCUUUGCGGACGGCUUCAUUCUCGUCUACAGCAUUGACAACAAAGAUUCCUUUAAACGCAUGGAAGCUCUGAAGAGAGAGAUCGACCGCUGCCGCGACAAGAAAGAGGUGACGAUUGUGGUGUUGGGCAAUAAGUUGGACAUGGCAGAGCAAAGAAGGGUGAACAGUGAUGUGGCUCAGCAUUGGGCACGACAGGAGAAGGUCCGGCUGUGGGAAGUUUCAGUGACAGACAGACGCUCACUUAUCGAGCCUUUUGUCCACCUGACCAGUAAGAUGACCCAACCUCAGAGCAAGUCUACUUUUCCACUGAGCCGCAACAAGAAUAAGGGCAGCGGCUCUCAGGAUAACUAGAGUGGGAGGGAGGGGAGGAAAUGGGGUAGAAAAGAGGAACAUAGGAAUGCUUUAAGAUGAACGUAAGAAACAAUGUAAAAAAUGGCUUCAGAAUGGUGCAAUUAUAAAUAUAUGGAACACUGUCAUUCUGUUUUAACAUGUCAGCUGGUUGCAGGCAUCCUGCAAGAUUGGUUUGUAAAGUAAAUUGGUGUAAAAAUCCACUAGGAAGAAAUUAGAAGGAAUUUUAGUUGAAUGGGCAAAAGUGACUGAGUGAACGUUACCCACAGUGCUGCUUGAAUGUACAGUAUAACUGAUCACUACCAUUCACCUGUUACUGAUGUGAUAUCUGGUAUAUGCAUGACAGAAUGUAAUAUUUGUAUUUAUAUACCAGCCUGAUCCUCAUUCUGCUGUACUUUAUUUCACUGUUCUGUAAAACAAAUGAAUUUACCACACUUGCUGCCACUGAUGUCUAA